UUCCUUGGCAUAGCAUUUCUUGGGAUUGGAUUGUGGGCAUGGAAUGAAAAGGGAGUGCUGUCCAAUAUCUCCUCCAUCACUGACCUGGGAGGCUUUGAUCCAGUUUGGCUCUUCCUAGUGGUAGGAGGAGUUAUGUUUAUUUUGGGAUUUGCAGGAUGCAUUGGAGCUUUGCGAGAAAAUACCUUUCUUCUCAAAUUUUUUUCUGUGUUUCUUGGAAUUAUUUUCUUCUUGGAGCUCACUGCUGGUGUUCUAGCAUUUGUUUUCAAAGACUGGAUAAAGGACCAGCUGUAUUUCUUCAUAAACAACAACAUCAGAGCAUACCGAGAUGACAUUGAUUUGCAAAACCUCAUAGACUUCACACAGGAAUAUUGGCAGUGCUGUGGGGCUUUUGGAGCUGAUGACUGGAACCUUAAUAUUUACUUCAAUUGCACAGAUUCCAACGCAAGUCGCGAGCGCUGUGGUGUGCCAUUCUCUUGCUGCACUAAAGAUCCUGCCGAAGAUGUUAUUAAUACUCAGUGUGGCUACGAUGCAAGGCAAAAACCAGAAGUUGAUCAGCAGAUUGUUAUCUACACUAAAGGCUGUGUCCCUCAGUUUGAGAAGUGGUUGCAGGACAAUCUUACCAUAGUUGCCGGUAUAUUCAUUGGGAUAGCAUUACUGCAGAUAUUUGGGAUAUGCUUAGCCCAGAAUUUGGUUAGUGACAUUGAGGCUGUCAGAGCCAGCUGGUAAAACUGCUGAAGUAACCACAACAAGACACUGGACAACUGAAACCCUCUGAAACCUCCAGUGUGUCGCUCCGACACCAAGCUGUAUGGACAUGGGUGACAGGGAAGCCUUCUCUCCCAAGUAGUCUCAAGUCUAAGUUCCUGAUGUUGCAGUGAACUCAUGUUUCUUUGGGGUGGGGGAGAGAAGAGUGGGCUAUUUAAAAUCUGCUGCUCACUGACAAUUUUUUUUUUUCUCUUAAACCACCAUUUUGAAAGCUGUUGAGCCGUGAAUCUCUACUGUAUUCUUGAUCCUGAGUAAUAAGUGGACACUUCUUAAAAAUUGGUGUAUUCAGUGGGACGAGUUGCAUCGUUACAGUCUGUGGAUAUGCUGUUUAUUCUUCGUGUCAUGAGCUCUUCCAUAGCUGCCAAAUAUUCCUCAGA